AAUACUGUUCUGAUCUGUAAAUAAAACAUGUGCUAAAGUUAAAAUUAAUAACAUUAAAUCUUGAUAUUUAAACGUUUAUUUUAUAGUAUUACUUCUAAUUAUUCUAUAUAAUCAUUAUACGUAAUGCCGAAAUCAAAAAGAGAUAAGAAAGUUUCGCUUACCAAAACAAAUAAGAAAGGAUUGUUGUUAAAACAGAAAAUUAUUGAGCAGAUACGAAAUUCACUAUCUAAAUAUGAACACAUAUUCUUAUUCACCGUGGAUAACAUGCGCAAUACAAAGUUGAAAGACUUGCGCAAUGAGUGGAAAGAUUCACGAUUCUUCUUUGGCAAAAAUAAAGUGAUGGCGAUAGCUCUGGGAAAAACAAAAAGUGAAGAAAUGGAAGACCAACUAAAUUUGCUUUCUAGAAAGUUAAAGGGCCAAUGUGGAUUGCUUAUGACAAACAGAGAUGUUCCUGAUGUUUUACAAUGGUUUAAUGACUAUAGUGAAUCAGAGUAUGCUCGCUCUGGUUUUAUAGCUGAACGAGAUGUCAUUUUACCAUCAGGUCCACUUGAAGACUUUUCACAUACAAUAGAACCUCAUUUAAGACGACUUGGCCUACCUACAUCACUUGAAAGAGGAGUUAUACAUCUAAUAAAGGAAUACCAGGUUUGCAGAAAGGGUAAUCCUCUAACCCCAGAACAAGCAAGUAUAUUAAAGCUUUUGGGUAUUCAAAUGGCUGACUUCAAAGUGGUUAUAAAGUGUCAUUGGACAAAAGGCAAGGGUUUUAAAAAAGACAUUGAUUUACCAAGUGAUGAAGAAGAUGAAGAUGACAAUAAGGAUGUCAUUGAAGAUGUUAUGGAACAGGAUGAAACAUAAUAAAACAUA